UUAAUAUGAGAGUAAAAUGAAGCAUAUUUUGUGACAAAAUGCUUUGUGAAUGCCUGCGUUAGGCCCAGUUAUUCAUUGUUGCGUCAGUCAUAUCGCAGCAGUAAUUUAGUCACGUACCUCACGUAGCGGCUGAUUGAAUCGGAAGUGCGACGUAGGAGCUACUGUACAGAAACAACCGUAGCUGUGUGAAGAUAAGAGAAAGCAUGCUCUGAACAGACCCACUUAUGCCGAACUCGGUUCAUUGCCAAAUGACAAUGAAAUCCUUCAUUCUGUUGGCUCUUUUACUGAGUAGCGUCCACAAGACGACCGCAGCAGGAUCCGCAGCGCACAGGUGCUUCUGUCAGGUCACUGGGAACCUUGAUGAUUGUGCUUGUGAUGUAGAGACCAUCGACAGCUUCAACAACAAAGAAAUCUUUCCCAAACUACAAAAACUACUAUCCUCUGAUUAUUUCCGGUUUUAUAAGGUCAAUCUGAACAACCCCUGCCCGUUCUGGACAGACCACAGUCAGUGUGGACUCAAAUACUGUGCUGUGAAACCAUGCACAGAGGGUGAAGUACCAGAGGGCCUGAAAUCCAGCAGUUAUAAGUAUUCAGAAGCGGCCGGUCAGGAUAUAGAGGAGUGUGAGAAGGCAGAGAAACUUGGAGCUGUCAACGGUUCUCUAAGUGACGAGACACGCCAGGCUCUUCAGGAGUGGAAGAAACACGAUGAUGAAUCGGACCGUUUCUGCAUGUUGGACGAUGAGGACUCGCCUGAAUCACAGUAUGUGGACCUCCUGCUCAACCCUGAGCGUUUCACCGGCUAUAGAGGACCAGAGGCCUGGCGGAUCUGGAACAGCAUAUACGAGGAGAACUGCUUCAAACCAUAUUCAGUUAAACGGCCACUGAAUCCUUUGGCGUCUAACAGUGGAGAUGAUGGGCAGGGGUUCUACCACUGGCUGGAGGGCUUGUGUGUGGAGAAAUGAGCGUUCUUCAGGCUGAUCUCGGGACUGCAUGCCAGUAUAAACAUACACCUGAGUGCCAGGUACCUACUAGAUGAAAACUGGUUCGAACUGAAGUGGGGUCACAAUGUCUCGGAGUUCCAGCUGAGGUUUGACGAGGAGCUGACAGAAGGGGAGGGGCCAAAGAGGCUCCGCAACCUCUACUUCCUGUACCUCAUUGAGCUGCGUGCUCUGGCAAAAAUACUCCCUUAUUUUGAACGUCCCACCUUCCAUUUGUACACUGGCCAACCCACAGAAGAUAACGAGAACAAGAAUUUGCUUCUAGAGCUCCUCCAUGUGGCCAAAUCUUUUCCUUUGCAUUUUGAUGAGACUGCUCUAUUUGCUGGAAAUAAGAAGGAAGCCAUGAAACUGAAAGAAGACUUCAAGCUGACCUUUAAGAACAUCUCACGCAUCAUGGACUGUGUUGAAUGCUUUAAAUGCAGACUUUGGGGCAAAUUGCAGACUCAAGGCUUGGGAACCGCGCUGAAAAUCCUGUUCUCAGAAAGGCAAAUAGAGGCAAUGCCCAACACAAGCAACACCAAUCCAUCAUUUCAGCUCAGCCGGCAGGAAAUCGUGUCUUUGUUCAAUGCUUUCGGAAGGAUCUCCACAAGUGUCAGAGAGCUGGAGAACUUUCGGUCGCUGUUGUCAAAUCUCAAACAGUGACUGUAAAAAUCCUUCAGCCACAGUCAAGAAUUUGACAUACAUAAACAGGACAAGACGGACUUGUCUUGGGUUAAAUCACUGUUUUCAGAAUGUUUCAGAAGUUUUAUACCAGUUGUAUACAGACUGCAGUUUUAUCCCUUAAGAACGGAGCACUUUAGUCUCAAAACUGUAUUGUUUCACAUGUUAAAUAACUGAAUAGGUGACCAAAAAGUAAUGUUGUUUAUUGGUAACUAAUUGGAAAUACAUAAAUAUACUUUAAUUUUUUACAAGAGGGACAUAAACCACUUUUUUUUAUAUAUUUUGCAUAUAUAAAGCCAAGUUGACAUUACUUUAUAGGUGUAAUAUAUUUAAAUGUUUUUGGAAAUGACCAUUUUGAAAAAUUAACGGUUAAGUGUUAUUUUUGAAAAUAUGACUUGGCACCUAGAUUUUUUUUUUGAGCAUGCUGACUGUAUUUAAAAAAAAAAAGAACAUUGUAUUUUUUUUUCACCACAAAUAUGUUUUAUUUAGGAUAAUAUUGUUCUUUAUAUUGAGUAGCACAUGUUUUGCCUUUAUUUUGUGAUGAAUGUUAAAGUGUGUUGGGGAGAUCUUUUUUUACAUUCCUUUAUAUGUUUGCAUUUUUUCACUGAACACUUAAGUGCACUCAAUGUAUGCAUUUAAUCAGUAAAUGUUUUCCUCCUACCAGUUUAGCUGCAGGAUGUAAUACAACUGCCAAAAGUUUGACAUAACCUGACUUUAGCGAUUAUAUUAAUUAACAGCAUGUAUUACUAACAAAGUGCUGAAUCAAACGUUGAAUAUACAGCUGACAAUCUCAGAGGCAGAACUAAGAUUCACAGGCCGUUCUGUCCUCAUUAAAGCUGCUCCAUGAGACUCAGUGAGAUCUAACCACUAUAAAUUCAAUAGUGGCCAGCAGUUCUGCCAAGAAAUAAAAACACGGUUAGAUCUGUUAGACAGUUAUCAAGAGAAAUGAACACUGGUAUUUUGAAGGAGAAAACUGAAUAUACUGAAACACUGGAGUUGAAAAAAAGUUUAUAUUUUUAUGUCUAUUGCAAUCUGCAAUAAACAUCCUUAAUUUUCUGUCAUUUUCUUAUAAUAAAUCAGGCCAAAUGACCUAGACCCUGGUCAAAACAAAACUUGUUUUUAAAACAAUAAAAUAAAACUUUAUUUUUUAAUGGUA